ACCUUGCAUGUGUAUGCAAAUUAAAUAUUCGCAAUUUAUUUCCUUAAUAUUUGUUUUAGAACGUACUUGAAGUAAGUACUUCAUAGUGAGUGAUACAAAAUAUUUAAUCCAAAAAGAUAUUUUCGAGAAUGGUGUCGAAAGAGACGGUGAAAUCUUGGUUAUCGAAAAUCUUCGAAUCGAUAAAUUUCGAAAAUUACGAAAUCCAAAUAAAAACAAACGACAAAGACAGCGGUUACAUGAGUUCAAUAAUUUUCGUAACUGUACAAAACGGUUCGUCUUCUACAAUUGAUUUAGUAAUAAAAAAAAGUAGCGACGUUAAAUCGAUCAGAGAAACCGUCGAGGUACGAAAAUUUUUCUUCAGAGAAAUUUUCAUGUACGAAACGGUUUUCCCUAUUUUCGCGAAACUGGAAAAAGGUAAAAUCGUCGACGAAAAAUUCGAUUCGUACCCGAAAUAUUUGAGUAGUUUAAUAUUGGACGAUACGGAAAUUAUCCUGAUGGAAAACCUCGCGAAAUCAGGCUACAAAAUGUGGAAUAGAAAAAUCAACAUGGACAUGAAUCAUUGCAAGAUUGUUUUAAAGGCGUACGCCAAAUUACAUUCGUUAUCUUUUGCUCUUAAAGAUCAAAAUAGAACGGUUUAUAAUAGUGUGACAUCUAACGUGGAAGAUCUUUUGAAGAAUUGGAUCUCAUUUCCAAGUUUGAAAGAUUACAUAAAUGGUCAUAAAGACACGGUUUUGAAAACUCUGCAAGACCACGGAGAUUCGCUACUAUCAGAAUUUUACAAAGAAGAAUUAGAUGAUAUUUACAAUGUCACUAAACGUAUUUUGAACAUCAAUGAAGACCAAGUUGUGUUUACACAUGAUGAUAAUUGGAAUAACAACUACCUCUUCAAAUAUAAGGAUUGUUGCGAUCACCCUAUAGCUGUUUCGAUAAUCGAUUGGCAGAUGUCGUCUCUCCGAUCACCAAUUUUCGACGUUUCCAAAUUUUUAUACAGCGUCUGUUCUAAAAAAGAAUUAGAUCGACUCGAAGAUCUUCUACGUUAUUAUUAUUCUUGUUUCGCCGAACAUCUUACUAAUCUCGGAAGUUGUCCGGAAAAUUUAUUCAGUUUUUCAGAUUUUCAACGACAUUGGAAGACGUUUUCUUUAUUCGGGAUAAUUGGUAGUACUAUGGUUAUGAAAAUAACGCUUUUGGACGAAGACGAAGCCCCUUCGAUAAACGAAUUGGAAAACGGUAAAAAUUUCAACGAGGUGUUCAACGUUUCCAUGUCUGCUGAUGAAUUAUACUAUGGGAGAGUUAGAGACGUCGUUUCGGCGUAUUUUGAGAUGACAACGAACCCGAAUUUCCUAAAAUGAAUAUUCAAACUUGUACAAUAUAAAUUAAUAUAAUUAAUUCCCAAUAAACCGAAGUUUUUUGCUUGA